AUGACGUCACGUGGGGGAGGUCGUGUAAACGAGGCGUCGAACCAGCGUCGUUUUGGGCGGCAAGAUGAUGUCUGCCGGGACUAGCAGCCAGCAGGGAGCGACAAGCCAGUCUACUGCGUAACCGCAGACAACCGCCAAAAUGUUGAACGUAAGCACAGCAGCAGCGGGGGCGGCGGCGCCAUUACUAGCCUUUGCCCUUACCACCCUCGCCACCCCCACGCCCACAUCUCUGGACCCACCCACCACCGCCUCCGGCACGCCCACCAUCGACCCAUACACCACGCCCUUCUCCAACACCACCAACACCACCGACCUGGAAAUGAGCGAGUUUGAGGACGUGAGCGGAUACAAGACGUUCCUGGCGGGCUCCCGGUACGUGGUACAGCGGGUACUGGUACCCAUGGUGCUGAUCGUGGGCGUGGUGGGCAACGCCGUCACCAUCGUGGUCCUCACCAGGCGCCAGAUGCGCUCCUCCACCAACAACUACCUCACCGCCUUGGCCAUCUCAGACCUGCUUUACCUGGUGUUCAUCUUCUCCCUCUCCUUCCGUCACCACCCGGGCAUGAGUCGGCCGCACCACUGGUUCUACUGGCAUUACUCGCGCUAUGCUCUCUGGCUCACUGAUGCCUCCGGUGA